AUGGCGGAGCAUAGUAAAACUUUAUAUCAAAAGCAUUUGCAUGACAAGAAAGCUACAAAUGAAUUAAGAGUGGCAUUCAGUGAUGGUGAAAAAGUUGAAAAGCUUCAAUCGACAAGUAUUAGUGGCGGAUGGUCAUCAAGAAAAAUGCUCAAAUCUUCGAAUUACAGUAGAAUCGAUUUAUUUGCUGGAUCUUAUUCUAUACUCCUGCAAAACUAUGGAAAAGAGAUUGCAGAUGAAUUAUGUGAACAUACUGUGCUGAUAACAAUCUUACAAGACAUUGACAUCAUUAAGUUAGCCAACUACAAACUACAAGCAAUGACAACCGAGGUUGUAAUGUAUACUAGCAAGAUAUGA